AGUGGAGGUGGAGGACAUGGUGGAGGCGGUGGUGGCGGAGGCGGUGGUGGAGGUUACGGUGGUUCCUCCAGCGGCGGCGGAGGGAACAUGUACGGUGGUGGCGGUGGCGGAGGAAGUAUGUAUGGCGGGUCUUCUGGUGGCAGCAGUGGUGGUGGUGGAGGAUAUGGUGGAUCUUCAAGCGGCGGAAGCGGCGGAGGCUACGGUGGAUCCUCUGGUGGUGGAGGCGGCGGAGGAUACGGUGGAUCCUCUGGUGGUGGAGGCAGCGGAGGCGGCGGAGGAUACGGUGGAUCCUCUGGUGGUGGAGGCGGCGGAGGAUACGGUGGAUCCUCUGGUGGUGCAGGCAGCGGAAGCGGUGGAGGUUACGGUGGUUCCUCUGGUGGUGGAGGCGGCGGAGGAUACGGUGGAUCCUCGGUGGUGGCGGCAGCCGGGCGGCGGAGGGUACGGUGGAUCCUCUGGUGGUGA